AUGGCGGCCGCGCUGCUUUUUACCGCUGCUUUACUAUUGCGUCUCUGCGUGUGCCGCGCCCAGGUGCCGGUGCCAGAGACGCCGCCAGGAUUUGCGAUUGGAAGAGGAAACGUCUCUGCUAACGUGCAGCUGGAGGCGUUCAUCGACCUGCUGUGCCCCUUCAGUAAGGCCGCGUACAGCGGGGUGAAGGCUUUGGCGGCCCAUUACGAGCCCAGCGACUUCCGUGUGAAGAUGGUGCUGUUCCCGCUCCCCUUCCAUCAGCACGGGUUUACUGCGGCUCAGUCUGCUUUUACCGUUACACUGGCACUUGGUGACGACCAGUUCACGCCGUGGCUUGAGGCGAUGUACGAGACCCAAGAACGCUUUUGGAACGAGGCGACGAAGGACAUGAGUGUGACGCAAGUGAAGAGCGAGCUGAAGGAUUUGGCACAAAAGACGUUCCCAAGUCUGACUGACAAACAAUGGGAGGAAGGGAUGACGAAUGACGGAGAUGAUGGAGCUGAUCGCCAUGCUCGUGUCAUGUGGAAGUACGCGUGCACGCGUGCCGUCACGGGUACACCGCAAUAUAUUUUGAACGGCGUACCGUUCAAAGGAGCCGACUCGUCGUGGAAGCUGGACGACUGGCUCAAGGUCAUUGACCCCCUGGUCAAGGCUGACAAAGCCUUGGACGGGUAG